UUGGGGGGGGGGGGGGCUUAAUAUAGGACGCCUCUUUUCACUAAACCAAAACCGUUUAGUAUGAUGAAAACACAUUAGAGUACCAUUGAGGCCAUCGCUGUGCAGAUCAUCUACUGAAUUGAAUAUGAAUAUGUGUUCAAAUCGAUGAAAAUGUAGAUACAAUGAAGUUUACUUUACACAAAAAACACACAAAGAAAAUAAAAUGCUUAGUAUUCUGUUUUGUUGUGAAUAUGCGAAAUAUAUCAUCCACGUAUUGAAGCCAUAGUAAUGGUUUAUUGGUAGAAAAUUUGUUUAACUUAGUUUCGAGUUCUGACAUAAAUAGGUCUGCAAGUAUCGGUGCAAGUGGUGAACCCAUUGCUACUCCAUCAGAUUGCACCUAAUAAUUACUCAUAAAUCUAAAUGGUACAUCACAAACGGCUAAUUCUACCAGUCUUAUCAUUUGUUGUCAACUGAAGGGUAUAUCAGCUAUUUUCUUUGGCUUAUAUAACAUAUCUAGUGCAAUCUCAAUAGAUUCUUUUACUGGCACGUUGUUCCUACUGGCAAAAUAAUAAAUUCAUUCUCAAAUUUACAAACACCACGCGUACAUUUUUGGUGACCGUCUAUCACUAUUAUUUUUGAACAAUCUGGGCCGCAUGGAUUAUUCAAGACAUGUGAACUCGAACGAUCGCAAAAUGACUCUAAUGCAUUCGCUGUUGUGUUCCAUAAAAAUAAAUCAACAUCGGUAUUUGAACAUCUAAAAGCAUUCAAAUUAUAUAAACACCAUAUAUUAGACCUGAAAGGUUCGAUAAAAAAAACUAAAUAGUAGAAGAGAAGCCUAUUAGCAAACUUUAUAGAUUAAUUCCUAAUACUGAGAGCUUCAAUUGGCUGAUACGACAUAGAUAUAUAUUUUUUAGUAACAGGUAGAUAUUUUGCUUUCAUAUUUUUAUUAAAACAAACAUAAAAGGUCGAAACAUUUGGUUUUGUCAAAUAUUUUUAAAUUUGUUUUAAUAAAAAUACGAAAGCAAAGUAUAUUUAUAAAACAUCCAAGUUAAUUGAAAAUGACGACGAUCAAAUCGCUUGAUAUCCUGUACAUUAUUCAGUUUUAAUUUAUAAUUACACGCUUUCUCAAAUGCAUCGAAGCUGGUGUGUUCAAAUAAUAAAUCUGCAUCAAAUCGAUUGAACAAUUCUCUCGUAUAUCCAACGGUUCCAAAUAAUAAUAUAACAUUUUUGAAUGAGUGCUUAACUGUAUAAUCCUGCAUGUCAUUUCUCAACAAAUAGUUAGGGUAAAACUCAUUUCUACAAAUAUUACAACACAUUUUCAUGAAUGUAUAUCUUUUAGCCCCAUUACUUGAAUAUAUUGUAGCGUUUUUUCCAAAAACUGGUUUUGAUAAUGCUACGUUACAACAAACAGUUCUUGUUGGUAGUAAAACAGUUGUUCAAUAUUUUUUAAUACCUGGUUGA